AUGGAUUACAUCAACCAGGUAGAGGAGCAGAAGGUAGAGAAGAACAUAGAGGAGCAGAAGGCAGAAGAGCAGGCCAAAGUCCAGCAGCCGCCUGUUAGAAACACAAAGCUCCUUAAUGAACGCCUCAGCAAGAAUAACAAGGGUGAAAUCAUGGACGCUGAGGACAAUGAGAUGGAGAAUGUAGAGCCUUUCUCUUUCUAUAAUCCCUGGAGCAUGGAUAUCAUCAGCCAGACAGUGAAACUACUGUUGAGGAACCUUGACUGCAAUGUGGAUGACAGACAACUACAUGAGGAAUUCCAUCCCUUUGGAACUGUGAUCAGUGCAGAGGUCAAUAUGGAGAAUGGCCAUCCCAAAGGCACUGGCUUUGUCAUUUUUGCAUCUCCUGAUGAAGCCAGAAAUGCCAUCAUGAAGAUGAACGGCAGGGUAUUGGGAAGCAGGCCAGUGUAUGUUAGUGUGGUUCAGAGCAAGGAGGAACAUGGAGGAAGGCACAGAGAGAGGGCAGAGAGUAGCCUGAAAGAACCCUGUCCAAAUCCACACCAGGCUCAAAAGAACAUUCAGCCACAGAAUGCAUCUCCAGAAUUGAGGAGAACCAACCAACAGGACAGGAACAUAUGCAGAGCGCAAACCACACUGCAGUCCCAGGAUGCACAGAAGAGUAAGGUGUUUAUAAAACAUCUGGACUACAGUGUGGACGACAGGCGCCUGCAUGAAGCGUUCCUGCCAUAUGGAACAGUCAUCAGUGCAAAGGUGACUGUGGAGAAUGGCUGCUCCCGAGGUUUUGGAUUUGUGAGCUUCUCCUCUCCAAAUGAAGCAGAAAAAGCCAUUAAGGAGAUGAAUGGAAGGAUGAUGGGCAGGAAGCCACUGUAUGUGACGCUGGCUAACAACAAUAAGCAGCGCAAGGCUUCCCUCACCCAGACUGAGUGUACAGGAAGCAGUGGUCCAACUGAGCCACACACAAGACCUCACAGAUUCUUGCAGAGGGUCCAUUCACAUCGUCGUCCCUCUGUUGCACCGGCCACCAGAUAAACCUUUUAAACUUUAUACUUCCUUUUAUCAAUAUAUAUAUAUUGAUUUAUAUUAUUAUUAUAAAUUUUGUUAAAUUUUGUGAAACUCAUUUGUUAUUUUUGAAUUUUUAUAUA